AUGUCUUCCACGCUUGAGCCCUCUUUACGCGCUGUGCCAGCCCAUCUAUCAUUCCUAGCCAUCUACAACCCUUCCCUGGGCAACACAGACGACUCGUUACAAGAACAGAUCGUGUUCUACUCCUCGACGGUGACACGAGCUCGCCGAAAUCGCAAACAUGAAACCGAGGGCCAGCACGAGGCGGAAAGAGAAGAGGAGAAUGAACAGUUGCGCCAAGUAGGCCUGGCGCAGGGGAUGGUGGAUUUUGCGAAGAACUUCUCAGAUGGAGAGUCAAUUGACACAAUCGAGACGGAGAGAUCUCGCCUUGUGCUUCAUGAAGUGGAAAAGGGCUGGUGGAUAUUGGCAUCGGUCACUUUGAGUCGAAUGCCCAUUUCACGAGGCCCUGAUCAAGAAAGGGCCUCGGAUCGGGGUGCAUAUGACUAUUCCUCCCGAGAAGUGUCGCCGCCCCAGUUGCUGCUACAGCACCUCCUUCGAGCGCACUCGAUAUUCCUCCUCCAUCAUGCUGCUACUUUGGACCACCUUUGGUCGCGGCUACCCCGUACCUUGUUCUGCACCCUUCUUGACCGCUUCUGGACACGCUUUAUAUGGAACUGGGAUGUGCUCCUACAUGGGAACCCAACAGUCGACAUGUACAAUGGCAUGAAGCUGGCCGGCGGGGGGGAGCUAGGUGUUGGGGUGGGUGAAGAGGAGUGGGGAAGCGGAGAAAGAGAAGUUCUUGAGGAUUUCAUCGCCAGAACCGAGGGACUUGUUGAUCUGAUAGUGUCUCGGUUUGGCGACGCUCCGAUCGCGCCGUCAACCGCUACAGCAGGUCACGGGUUGUCCGAACCGUGGAGAAAGCAGCAGGCACCCUGGCUUGCUUCAGAUCUCGAUCCACAACCGAAUGAUGGUGUUCUAUUCUCGGGUAUUGGUGCUAUCUCCAGGCGAUCGCUAGCAACAGUGUCACAUUGGAUGGCAGACAUCUACAAGUAUGGGGAAGAUGCGUAUGGCGUGGGGGAGAAUCCCACCGCAAGACCUCGUAGGAAGCAACCGAAGCUUUCCUCGAGAAUGGCACAACGAACCCAUUCCUCCGAAGGUGAAACUGCGGCCAAUCGAUCUAUCAAAACACAUUCAAGAGGCCGUCUGCCACUGUCGAGUAGAAGCACGAGCAGACGUGGUUCCUCAACCCCUGGCAUCCCGCCACCACUCGUGAAGGCCGUCGAGCAGUCCCUUGAGAAAGCAACCGCGAAAGCGAGUUCGAGGGAACCGAGUAGAAGCCCAACUAAGAACCAACGAGGUAGCUCAAGCCCUGAGCAAGAACCUCCAUUGUUUGGAACAGACACGAUGAUGAAAUACCUCAGUCUUGGUUAUGGCUCAUCCUGGACGCUGAAUCCCAAAGGGCUCUCGAAAGGCGAGCAGCGGACAGGUGCACAGCAUGUCUCACAAGAAGACGCACCGGGCAAGUCCAAGGAGGAAGGACAUGACCCGGAAAAGUCGAAAAAUCCAGAACCACCUCAACUGCAGAUGGUCGAGCCAACUCCCGAAGUCAGCGACAAUCAACGCAAUCAUUUUGUCCAACGUCUCGAACAGUCAAUUGGCAAGUUCAUAAUCGGUCUUUCUGGCGAUCUGGAGAAUCAAGAUCUGAUAGAUGAUGACACGGACGGAGCACCCCGGAUUGUGCUGAGAACCGUGAAUGCUGAAAUGCACACGCCUUCUUCUGACAUGAAUCGUCAAGACUCGAUGCCAUCAACUCCUAACGAGCUAACACCGGCUGGAGCCUCUCUUGAUGACCCACCUAAAGAGCCCCCAUGCAGCACAAAACAACUCCAAGUCGCAGUUUACGUCCACCAACCUUUCAUCUUUACCUUCCUUUUCGAACUCCACACCCCUUCGCUCACCUAUCCCUCUUUCUACCGCAGCAUCCAUCAUCAACUAGGCCCUUUGCAAAAACCACUCCUCCGAUCUACAGACCCUACCAAUGUGGCCGCCCGAAUCGCAAGCGCCAUGGGCGAAGGCACAACCACUAACCCUCCAAUAUCAGCCCCCAAAUCUCCAGCCACUUUACCACCACCGAUCUACGAUCUCGUCUACGACCCAGAAAAAUUGACCAUCCACGGAAGUCUUCCGAACAUUCCUCCCCCCCGAACACCGAUCGGCGAAGGAAGUUUAGCAGCCCAAACUGUAAGCGGCAGCUGGUACACGCUCGGCAUUCCCACAUCCUCUUCCUCCCCAUCCAGCCUCAGAGGCCCACAUCCAUCCGGUAGCCAGCAAGCACUCCAUCACAGCCCGUGGUCCCGCAUGGAAGCCCUCAACAUCCACACCCAAGUCCUCAACACCUACAUCGCUACGCGCCGCCUGCCAGCUGAGCUCGAACGCACCGUCAAGACCGGACGUGGGUGGUGGGUUCUCUGGAUGCGGGUGCAGGGAAGUGUGAACAAGGACGCUAAUGACGCAGAGAAUAGGGGACUGGCGAAGGAGGCUGUGUUGGUGAGGAGGGCGAGGGAAGAUGUUGGUGGGAGUUCCAGUGGUGGUGCUCUGUUUGGGGGCGGAGGGAGGCAGGUUAGUGGGUGGCUGAGCAGGCGGGACGCGAGCGGGAGUAGUGCCGGUGCCGGUGCUGGUGCUGGUGCUAGUGCAGCAGCUGGAGGAGGAGCAGGAAGCGGGGCGACAAUAGGCGUGGCGGGUGUGGCAGAGGGUGUGGGCGUUGAUGCUAGGAGGUGGGUUGAAGGGUUGUUAAGCUUGAAUCGCUGA